AUGACCGUCGCGUUUCGCUUUGGCGCAACACUUUGGCCCACGUUUCUUACCUCUCUCCCUCCUGCUCUCUACGUCUGCAAGACAUCCAGCAAGCAGUCGAUCGACGCCUUGUUCGCUACCGCCUCACCUGUUGGCGCGAGUCCCAAUGCUCUCGAGGGACGUGACAACGGCCUCGUCGAGCGCAACGACUUUAUCCCGCACGGUAAAGACGCUCUGAUCGAUUUCUAUGUCGAAUACGGCACCGGUGCUGAGGACUACAUCAAUUUGGUCUCAAAGUUGUCAUGGAACUCUGCUGGCUAUUUCGACAAGGCUGGUACCGAGGGCACUUUGGAGACGGUGUUCAACGGCAACGGUGAGAAAGACGGAAAGACCUUUUCCCAGUUCACCUUUGCCGAUGCCGCUUACGACUUCAUCAUGGCCGUUGAGUUCUUCCACAACGAGGAGGGCGUGAUCGGAUCAUGUCAUCUGGUACUAGGCACAGCCCAUGUACAGCUUUCUACGAGCGUUCCGCUGAGCGAGAAGACGCAUCACCGAUGCUUUGUCAAUGGCAAUCAAGUCAAUGCCUAGUCCGGCUACCUUUGUACGACCGGCCCGUCAGUGCCAGCGACAGCCCUCGAUGGAUGCAGUCUUUCUUGCACAAUGUUUCGCAGAUCGCGCUCGUCAACUAAUGGAUGUAUCCCCGAUCGGACUUACAGCAAAUUAUUGCGCCCUUUCCACUGCCCUGAUAUCCUGCUCGACUAUCCCAGGCCCGUCGCUA